AUGGCCAAAGACAUAAAUAAGAACAAGAUUGACUACCUCCUACGAUUGCUAGGCAAAAGUCAUCUUAUGGAAGAAGACUUUGAAGACUUCCACCAAAUCUACUACACCAUUCUUCGCACCAUGACAAGAAAGGCUCCCAUACAAAUGGAUGUCUAUGAAUCUGAAACCACCAGAGCUCAACAGAAAGUGGAGGAAGCCAUUAGAAGCAUAUAUCUGGAUGUAGAGAUUGAUCUGAUGACUGUGACGACCACGAAUUGUGGGGGGUCUAAGGCAAGUACUGAUGUCAUCUUCCCUCCAUUAGAUGUUGCUAAGCAUGAGAAUUAUUGUCGUAUGUGCUUGUCUAGUCCCCUACCUGGGGCUUUCAUAGGGUUGGAUGGGAACCAAUGUUGGAUGAUGUAUUGGCUUAGUAACGGCCAUGGGAUGCUUAAAGGCGUUGAAGGAUUACCUGCGGAUAUAAGCGAGGGUAUCUCCGCCAAGAUUAGCCUGUUCGUUAUUGAUGAAGGUAGGAACGGGAUUAGUAGUGGGCCAUUUCAAAAGGGUCAUGUGGCCAGUGUUUAUGCAGCCGUGUUGGCUUUAAUAGCCAUUGGAGACUUCAAGACUCUUACGAAUGCCAGGAAGGGCCUUUACGAUUUCUUCUACAAGAUGAAGCAGAAGGAUGGCUCCUUUUCAAUGACCGUCAAUGGAGAAAGUGAUGCUCGGUCAACAUACUGUGUGGUUGUGCUCAGCUACUUGUUGAAUAUACUUGACGACAAGUUGGUGGAUCACAAGACGUUGCAAUGGCUAGAUCUGUGUCAAACAUAUGAAGGUGGGUUUGGAGGUGUUCCUAACACUGAGGCUCAUGGAGGUUACACCUAUUGUGCGUUAGCUGCAUAUUAUGUUCUUCUUGGUAAGGAAGGAUCCACCCCAAAGGAAUUCUUGACAUCCCUCAGAGCUCAUAUAGAUGUGGACAAGUUGCUUUCAUGGUUGGUCCACAGACAACAUCUUUUGGAAGGUUCGUUCGACGGUAGAACAAAUAAAUUGGUGGACGCAUGUUACUCUUUCUGGGUAGGUGCCUGUUUUGCAAUGUUGGAAGCCACGUUGGAGAUCACUACUCUUUUCAAUAGAGAGUCACUUAAGUUGUACAUGAUCCAUUGUGCUCAGGGCAUUGAAAUGGGUGGGUUCAGAGAUAAACCCGGUAAGCAAGCAGACUUUUAUCAUACAAAUUACUCCCUUUGUGGAGUCAGUGUUCUGGAACACUACUUUACGCUUGAACGAAAUGGAUCAUGGGCCAAUUCGUUCACUACGGAAAUUGUUGAUGAUACAAACGUUAACACAAACCCUGUUAACCCCAUUUUUGGGCUACCUAUUCUGCAAGUGAGCGCUUGUGUCAAGUAUUUUUCAGCCAACGUAUAA